GUCAGUUCUCUACAUCGAUCCAAAAACACUCUUCACUUCAAACAUCUUUCUUCCCAUGGAAGCAAAUUGUCUUUGUUCAUCGCCACUUCCUCCUCCGCCAUUUUUCUCUGGUCAAUCUCAAUGUCCAAAACUUGGAUCUGGGCACAGAAGAUCAAAGCGAUCAACUGCUAGAACUGCUGGCAUGGCUGUUGUAGCCGCUACAAGGGACCAUUACGGAGGGCGAUCUACCGUCGAAGAGAGCUUGAUUGUUCUGAGAAAACGUAUUCAUGAGAUGAAAAUGGUGGAGAGGAACUACGAGCCUCCUCAACAUUGGAUGCAUUGGGAGAAGCAAUGCUACGCAAGUUAUGAUGAGUAUAUUUGCAAUUUGGUCGGUUGUCUUCAAUCAUAUCUCAUGAACACCAGGCCUAGUUCAGCUAUCUCCAUGCUGCUUCUCGUCACCGUGAGCGUCCCAGCGUCGACGGUCAUGAUCUUGCUGCGUUUCAUGGAGGUGGCUAAUGGGGCUCUAUCCGCCGUUCAUCAACUUGGUUGAUGUGGUUAGUUUUAGGGGUUAGCUUUAUGUAAAUUUUGUAAAUGUACAAUAUGAACCUCGUUGCCUUGUCUUGAGAUACUCAUCCACAUCUGUUUUCAUCUGCUUCAAUUUUAGAGUUGCAUUAACCUUGGAAAUAAUACGUGGAGACCGGCGGAUUUCAGCGAGCAAGUCAAUCUUCAAGUUGGGAGUAGGUAUAAUAUCGAAUCCAUGCAUCUCGUAGGUAUAAUAUCGAAUCCCUGCAAGUUUUGUUGUUGCAGAUCUGAUAGACUUAUUGUUGGGUGCAUGAUUCCAAUAUAGGAAUAUCUGUUUUUGAUGUUAAUGUAGACGUGAUGUGGUGAUACUUCCACUCAAAAUAUGCCACGUAUCAUUUUUUAAAAAUAGUUAAAAGUUUUUUAUUUAU